AUGGCAGGAGAAAAGAAAUCUCUUCACCCGGCUUUUGCCGUCACAAACAUCAAACACCUAAUCCCUGGUAUCCUUGAUAUCAAACAAGAUGAAUAUUCAUCUUGGGGUUUUCUCUUUGAGAUCCAUCUCCAAGCACAUGGAUUGUUGUUUCUCAUUGAUGGUUCCACAAACCUUGCGGAUAUUGAUGCCGUCACAGAAAAACAACUAGAUGCUCUCUGUCGUCAAUGGAUGUUCGCCACCAUGACCAAGGAUUUGAUGCUUACCGUUCACAAGAAAGGAAAAACCUCAAAGGAGAUUUGGGAUCACCUGAAGACUCUUUUUCAAGACAACAAAGGCAGCCGUGCUGCACAUCUCGAAAGUAAGUUUAUCAACCUUAAAUUCUCUGAUUGUACUAGUGUUGAUGAUUAUUGUGACAAACUAAAAUCACUGUCCGAUCGCUUGAGUGACCUUGAUUUUCUAAUGAACGACAAACGUCUUGUGAUCCAAUUGGUUAACGGUCUUCCGGAGGAAUACAAUACCGUAGCCUCGUUUAUACAAUAA